AUGCUGCUGCACGUGGACACGGACCCGGGCGCCGCGCUGGCGCUGCGCUCGGGCGAGCGCUACGUCGUGGACCACCCGGACAAGCCCGCGGCGGCGGCGCAGGUCGUGGCCGUGGCCGUGGCCCCGUCGCCCGCGCGCCGACGCAAGCGCGACGUGCUGCGCCAGGUGUCCAUGCGGCUCUACCUCAAGGGCAAGCACGUGGCCGACGACGUGCUGCGCAACGUGGCGCCCGCGCGCCUGGCCGACGCCGAGCAGGUCUGCGGCCACGCGCAGUCGAGUCUGGAGCACGAGAUCCGCAACUCGCGCAAGACGCGCAAGCACCUGUGGCUGCCCAAGACGCAGGACGACUCGGCGCUGCUGGGCUCCACCGCGAGCCCCGAUAAGGCCAACCAGUCGGCCGUGCAGGAGUUCUUCCUCUCGCGCGUGACGGACCCGACGUCGUACUUCUACCGCUUCCACUACGACGACUACCACCACCUGGCCCCUCAGAAGGCCGAGGUGCAGCUCGUAGACGUGCAGUGGCUCAAGCCGCACGAACAGAUCGUGAGCUGGGAGCGCGUCAACGGCCUGCGGAAGGCCACGCUGUCCUGGGACGCGUACACGGAGCCGCUGCUGGUGGACAUCAAGACCGGCGCGAUCCUGGACGGCCACCAUCGGUACAACGUGGCCCUGCAGCUGAGACUCAAGCAGGUGCCAGCUGUGCUGGUGGACUACUUGGGGGACAACUCUAUUCAUGUGGACGUCUGGCCCGGAUGUGGACGCUCGCAGCUGACCAAGGAGGAGGUGAUUGCCAUGUCGCUGUCGCCCGACGUGUUCCCGCCCAAGACGAGUCGCCACAGGUUCACGGAGAGUCUGCCGCCCAUUUCCAUCCCGCUCUCGGUACUGCGCCAGCCCCCGAUCCCCAUCGAGGAGAUCACACAGACUACGGCGCCAGUCUCCAAUGAAGCGAUGCAGACGGAGACGCUGCGCGCGCUGCAGCGCAAGCCGAGUCUCCAGCAAGUGUCGAUCCGCCUGAUCUGUGGUGCCCAGAACCUGGCCACGUCGGUGACCAAGAGCCUGUUCCGUGGCCGUCUGCGCUCCAUCGACCGCGUCCGUGAGACCACCCGGAUGGACUUGAUCAGGCGACCAUCGUACGACCCGAAGGACUUCUUCAACGCCAUUCGCGAGAACGACCCGACGUCGAGCUUCUGCCGACAGAAGGCCGCGACGUUGGAGGACCUGCUAUCGGACGACAAGGAGCGGCGCCAGAAGUUCUUCUUGACGCGUAUUGCAGACCCGACGUCGUACUUCUACAAGUAUCACUUCGACGCUCGCCCGCAGCGCCUGCCCAAGAAGCUCGUGGUGCAUGUCGCGUCGCUACGCUGGCUGAAGGCGCACGAGCAUGUUGUGAGCUGGGACCGUGUCGACGGUCUGCGUCGCGCCACCGUGCGCUGGAAUGCGUACCUGGAGCCGUUGCUGGUGGAUGCCAAGACCGGCGCCAUCCUGGACGGCCACCACCGCUACAACGUCGGGCUUCAGCUGAAGCUGGAGUGCGUGCCGGUGGUGCUGGUCGACUAUCUCGAGGAUGACUCGAUUACAGUGGACGUGUGGCCGAAGUGCGGCCGCGACUCGCUCACGAAGCAGGAGGUGAUCGACAUGUCGCUGUCUGAUGAGCUCUUCCCGCCCAAGACAAGUCGCCACUCGUUCUCGGAUGACCUGCCGCCCAUUUCGGUGCCGCUGGAGCGUCUGCGGAAGGCGAUUGAUACAAACUACGUUCCACUGUAG